AUGUUACAGAGGAACUAUUCUGUAACUGAAUUUUAUCUCAUUGGGUUUCAGAAUCUUAAGUCCUUCAAAAUCCUUCUCUUCCUUCUUCUUCUUAUUACAUACAUUAUGGCUAUAAGUGGAAAUCUUCUCAUUGUUGUGUUGGUGUCAACCAGCCAACGGCUACAAUCCCCCAUGUUUUACUUCCUCAAACAUCUUUCCAUCUCAGAAAUCUUGUUUACCACCAAUAUUACCCCUAACAUGCUUCACGUCUUGCUGAGAAACAGUAGCACCAUGUCUCUCACCGGAUGCAUUGUCCAGUUCUACGUCUACAUUGCCUCGGGUAGUACAGAAUGCUAUCUUCUCGCAGCGAUGUCCUAUGACCGGUACUUGGCCAUAUGUAAGCCUUUACUCUAUAACAAAAUUAUGGGACAGAAGCUUCAAAAUUCUCUGGUAAUCUUCUGCUGGUUGCUUGGAUUUUUGUCAACGCUGAUCACAAUGGGUAUCCUGACUCAGCUUAAAUUCUGUGGAAACUACAUCAUUGACCAUUACUUCUGUGACCUUGCUCCCUUCGUAGAUCUUGCUUGCUCGGACACCUCAGUCCUGCAGAUAAUAAUAAUCAUCUUCUCCUUUCCUAUCAUGAUCAUACCAUUUUUCUUGGUUUUGGUGAGCUACAGUUGUGUUGUGGUAGCCAUUCUUGGUAUGUCAUCAGUUAUCGGGAGGAAGAAGGCUUUCUUUACCUGCAGCUCUCACCUCUCUGUGGUGACUAUGUUUUAUGGAUCUUUAAUAAUCAUUUAUCUGGUUCCAUCAAACUCAAAAACUCUUAACAAGAUGAUAUCAGUUCUGUACACAGUGGUGACACCUUUGUUCAAUCCUCUCAUAUAUAGUAUAAGAAAUCAGGAAAUUCGAGCUGCCAUAUAUUCAUUCAUUUCUAAAUAUAAAAACCUCACAAUAAUGCCAUGCAAAUGA